AUGGGACUCUGGGGCCUGAGAUCCGGCGACACCUGGGAGCCAGAGUCGCUGUCCGGCCCGGGGCCGCUGAGUGGGGGCGUCGCAACCGGUGGUGCAGGCUGGACACCCGCCUGCAGGGCCCUGAAUGCCAACGACAAGCCGCUUCCUCGCUCCCCUGGGCGGGGCUUGGGCCCUCCGCACCCCCUCCCCCGCCUCCUCCCCUCCGCCGGGCGAUCCCAGGAAGGCUGCACCCGCGGCCGCCCUUUCAAGUCGGCCUCCCUGAGGCUCCAAGCCGCCCAGGCAGAGGGGCCGCAGCUCCUCCGCCGACAUCAAAGCCGGCCGCCCGGGCCUGAUCGGGUUGCGGGAGGGGCGGGCGAGCCAGGAGGGAGGCAGGUUUGGGCGGAUUCCCCUUUCAUCCCGCGGCUCGGGCGGGCGCAGACCUCCGGGAGGCCCUGCAGCCCCUGCGGGGCGUGUCCCUACAGGGCCUGGCGGCCCGGGGAAGGCAGGGGCUACGGGGGGGCGGGGUGCCCGGGAGGCUGCGCCUUGGGGCCCGGCGGACAUAGAGCCUCCAUCCUGGCCGGACUGCGUGACCUCGGGCCUGUCGCUGCCCUCCUCUGUGCCUCGGCUUCCGCAGCAGCCCUCCUCCCUGCCCAGGAAGCCCUUGCACUUGGUGGACUCGCAACCGCUGGCUCACCGGGGAAGUCCUGUUUGUUGUUGUUUUUCUCCAGAGACUUGAAGCUUAGCUGCUGCCUCUGGGAGGAGAAGAGAAGAGCCCUUUAACCCCAGAGCCCAGGCAGGGAACCAUCUCGGUCAACCCAAGAACCCCAGCUGGGAAGUUCUGUUUUUAUGCCCAUUAUAUAGUGAGGGACUGAGGCAUAGAGAAGUGAAAGGUGGGCCUUAGUCUCACGAAAACUGACCGAGUCACACUUUGAACCCAGCCUGUCUGGCUCCUGAGCCACGGUGCCUGCCUUGAUAGCUUGGGCCCCAGGGCGUGGGGCUGCCACCACCCUCUUCCCUGACCCCACGGGCCAAACGACACAGUCACAGAGCCUGGCAGGGUUUCUCAGUACGGGACCUCGUCUGCCAAGAGGGCAGUUUUCAUGGGCCUCCCCAGGAUGUCAGGUGUACUCCGGCUGGUGGGAUGGGAUGGGUGCCCGGGGAUCAGGCAGAUGCCACCCCAGCCCGGAGAUUUAAAAUUCCUCCCUGGAAAAUCAGAUAAUCAAGGAAGUCAAAUACCGUGAAA